UGUUGUAACUAUUUCCAAAGGCUUCUAGAAUCAUCUCAACAACCGCUCUGUCUCUCUUUUUUCUCCCUUCGCUCAAAACCUCCCAAAACUCAAAAAUCAACAGACAAAACAUUAAAAAACAAUGUUCGGCGUGGUCUUCCCGAAUCGAAGUUUCCCAAUGGACAUCUCAACCUUCGUCCAAAUCGACACUUUCCACUGGGUUCUCGACAUGAACCACUUCGUCGGCGAAGCAUACGAUCAAAUCGGAGAGAUGUGCAUCUUCCUACUCAACAACUUCACUCUCCCACCCGACAAAGCGCUAGCAGUCUACGUCCAAUCCCCAGGAUCCGCCUUCGCCUUCUGCGGCGCCGUAACCGUAUCUCGUCCCUCGGCGGUUUUGUCCUUACAGUGGCCGGAGCCCGGAAGCGCGGCGCAGUUGCAGCUCACGGCGGGAGACUCGGCUCCUCUGUCGGCGAAAAUCGGGAUCUCGGUGGAGGAUGCGGCGUCGCUUCAGUCGUUGGAUGUGGCGGCGGAGAGGAAAAUCGAGCGGUUGGCGAUGAGGGUUGGGGAGAAUCUGUUUAAUUUCAUGCAGUCGUUUUGCGGCGUCGAUGGGAGCAAGUUGGUUGUUCCGAUGGAUAUAUUGGAUCGGUGGUUUAAGAAGUUUCAGGAGAGAGCUAAACGUGAUCCUGGUUUUCUCAAAAGCUUCGCUUUGUAGGAUGGUUUGUUUUUUUUUGCGUCUUUGAAGAAGAGAUUUGUUGUUCACUUUAGUUUGCCAAUGAGUAAAAUAUUUGCUUUAUGUUUU